AUGUCCGACUCGUCGUCACCUCCGCCGGCGCAGGAGUUAUUGCUGCCGACUGACCGGUCCUCGUCCUCGGACGACGAUGUUGACGACGACCUCGUCAUCGAAAUCCACCACCAAACCUACGGCGGGGAGGAAAGGCAGCGUCGUCGUGGUCGUGGUCCCAUCAUCAUAUCCAUGCCACCGGCCCCCGCGUUGUUCGCGCCCUGGGUCGUCCUCGGCGGCAGCGGCGGCGGCGAGGCGCCGGCGCCGGCGGCGUCCAUCGAGGCUCUGCCCACGGUGGAGGUGUCGGAGCCCGGCGCGGUCUGCGCCAUCUGCAAGAAGGACCUCCCCUUCGCGGCCGCCGCGCGGAGGCUCCCGUGCGGCCACCUCUACCACUCCUCCUGCAUCGUGCCGUGGCUGGAGGUGCACAACUCCUGCCCCAUCUGCCGCUGCCGCCUCCCCUCCGACCACACCGAGCCUGCAGCAGGGGAGGUGGCGCCGGCGUCGACGCAGGACCCGCCGCCCGCUGCUGGCACUGAUCUGCAGCUCCCCGCGCAGGCUGUCAGUAGGGAAGGAGAAGGGACGAUUAUUGUUCCGUCCGUCUGA